AUGGCUAACAAUAGGAUACUGACUGACAAUAAGGGACCGACUCUGUCGACGGCCGGCGAUCCCAGAGUCGACUUCUUUUAUCAUGUGAUCGAAGACACAGAGAAGGAGAGGACAGUCAGUCUGUUGAAGAAGUCUUGGAAAUGUCAUCCGUUGGACACAUUGAAACUGACGGCAUAUUUGAGAGACUGUCGUAAUGGCAAAGGCAUCAAAAAUCACUACCAAAUGUGUACUCAAUUCCUAUUUGAACAGCACUUCGAGACUCUGAUGGCAAAUAUGGAUCAAUUGGUGGCAUUUGGCUAUUGGAAAGAUCCGCUCGUUAUACUCAUGACUUUACUCUUUGACUACAUUCCCGAUCAUUUGUCCAAAGAUGACGGAUUCAAAUUCAAUCGCGAUCGGCCACCAAAAGAGGCGAAGAAGAAUGUGUUAUCAAAAUACGAUCGAUUGGUUUUGAGAGGUCUUCGCAAACAAAGACAAAAAGCGAAGAAAGAGAUGAAAUCCAAAGCAAAAAAGGCUAAGAUUGAGGGAAUGGAUUGUGAUUCUCAGGCGAUGGAAACGAUGGAAUCGGAAGACAUUGAGAUGACUCAAGAUGUGUAUCAAACGGUUCCGACCAGAUUUGAGGCCUUACAACUCAGUCGCAAAGAAUUCUUUCAAAUCCGUUACAAAAGUGACCUAAAAUAUCGCAGACUCUAUGAUAAAGUGGUCGAUAUGUUUGCCAAUCAAUUGGUCACAGAUUUGGAAAAGAUGUCAAAAAAUGUAAAAUCAAUCUCAUUGGUGGGGAAGUGGGCGCCCAGUAGUGGCCAUCACUUCGACAAAUACCUGUCUAUUAGUCAAUCGAUAGCCAAACAUAUGUUGGGUCUAAUGAAAAGAAAUGAACCGAUCGGUGAUCCGAAAGUUGUGACCAAUUUCUUCAUUAAAGAGGUCUGUACUCCACUUCGCAGAUACCUUCUGAUACCCGAAGUGUUUAUGGCGUCCAAUAAGUGGAUGGAUAUUGACUACAAUCGCGUCGCCUCUAAGUGUAUGCAAAAGAAUAAAUCGGUUUUCAUUAAACACGACAAACAGAGGUUUGAAGAGUUCUUGGCCUCAAAGACAACUAUAUCUGGCGCUGUCCUCAAACCGGUGGAACUGGUGGACAGAGCGGAAACAUUAAUGGAUUCUGAAGCUGAUAAGCUUGAGAUUGAAGUUCUCGAAAAGCAAUGGCUCUCACUUUGCGAAGACAUUAAGAAAAAGGGCGGUGGUCUAUUGGACAACGCUUUAGCUGUGUGUGAUGUGAGCGGUUCAAUGUAUGGCACGCCAAUGAGUGCGGCCGUCGGGCUAACGAUUCUAACCAUGUAUUUAUCACAAGAACCCUGGAAUCAACUUUGUAUUACAUUUCACGAGAAUCCGACAUUUCAUAUAUUGGAUCCGACGCUCAGUUUGAUUGAGAAAAUCCGGUCCAUAAAGCAAAUAGAUUGGAGUGAAACCACUUAUUUGAAUCGUGUCUUUGACCUGAUUCUGAAGAAAGCUGUCGAACAGCGUCUCCGAAACGAUCAGUUGCCGAAAGUGUUGCUCGUCUUCUCGGACAUGGCGUUUGGCGUCGCCUUUCCCGACACCACUCUAACCAACUUCGAGGCCGCGAGAGUACAGUUUGAGGCCAAAGGCUAUACUCUGCCUCCCAUUGUGUUCUGGAAUCUGAGGGCUACGGCUAACACACCCGUCGACGUCAAUGAUAUGGGAGUCGCGCUUCUCUCCGGAUAUUCCGGACACCUAUUAUCACUCAUUUUGAAGACCGAAGACUUCAAGACAAUGACUCCCUAUUCGAUGAUGCGGUCGGCUAUUGAUAACAAACGCUAUUCUGAGCUUAAAAUAAUCGAUUGAUCGCUGCUUUGAAUGCAUUGGUUUCCACAAAGAAUUCUAUAUAAUAUUUAUUAAAUAUUGAAAUAAUUAUAUUUUAUGUUGUAUUUGACGCAC